AUGACUAUGGUCGGACCGGCCCUCCUACAGUCGACAGUGGCGUCACUCGUAGACGAUGGAUUCCGCCCAUUUGUAAAGGUGGCGAUGAGCAGUAUCGUGACACUCGCAAUGUUGCGUAAGCGGUCGGAAUGGAAGAGCAUCUUGGCCGCCGUGGCCCGUCUGCAUUGCUUCGGCUGCGCUGUGAAAUCCACACAUCUUGACCUCACUGCGCCAUCGAGUUCAUCAGUGAGAGCCUGGUACAAUUUGGCAUCACCAGCUAUUCUAUCGCGCUGUGGGCGAGAUGGCGGCGGCAUAACUAGCCCUGCCGCCAAUGUCCUGCUGGGUACUCCUACCGCAUUUUGGGGAACAGACGAGGUACUUUAUCAAACGCAUCUCGAGGAAGACAAUCCGCCUUUCCCAGGCCAUCACUCACUCUAUGGGCUAGAGAUCGUGACUGCUGCUAUGAUAUUGCACACAUCCCUACGUGCACUCUCUCCUAGGAACGUGAAUGGGGUGUCGCUUCAGGUGCCUGUGGUGGUCCAGCCCGCGAGAUCCAGAUCCGCCAUAACACGCGCAACAUCACUAUCACAUCUUGUCUAG